AUGCAAUUCACCGCUGCUAUCAUUACCGCCAUCCUGGCCAUCACCGUCACCGCCCUUCCUCAAGCUCCUGGUCAAGGAGCUCCCGAUGCUGCUGCCAUCGCCGCACUCGUCCCUGACUUCGGUGUCCAAGCCGGCCAAGGGGAUGACGGUGCAGGCAACUGCGUCACCCCCGUUGCACCCGCUAAGAUCCCCUGCACCUGCCCACCUCCAAGGGGCGAUUAUCUGUCCCAGCUGACCGCCGCCGUCCAAGCUGGAAAUACCUUCGGGUUGCCAGCACCAUUUCCUACUGGCUCAGACACCGCAUCCCAGACCACCAGACUGCAGACUAUGUUGUCUGUGAUGCAAAACUUCAAUGGUGCAAAGGGCAAGGGAUGUCCCGCUAUCUCGACUACCUUUAAGCAGACUUUGGAUGGUUUGAGCCGCGCUGCUUAG